AUGACAAUCGGGAGAUAUUCAGCUGUAAAUAGCUUCUUUGACUGGACCUCCCUCUUCUUCUGUUCUAAUCUAUCUAUCUAUCUAAAUAAUUAUCUAUCUAUCUACAUUGUUCAUAUCUAUCUCAAUGAACUAAUCUAUCUAUCUAUCUAUCUAUAUAUGAAAAAAUCUAUCUAUCUAUCUAUCAAUGGUUACGUGAUAUUUGAGAUCACUUCAUCUCCGCCAAAAGGGUAUCUAAUCGUUAUUUUGCAGCCUUUACAGCCAGUUUUUUUUCUUUCUUUCUUUGUAUUUUUUCUUUUUCAGUAUUUUGACGCUCCUCUUUUUUUCAUUCUUUCUUUUUUUCUUUCAUUCUCGUAUUGUUCUUUCUUUUCCAAUAUUUUCAUGCUCCUCCGUCUUUCACUCUUUUCUCUUUCUUUCUUUUUAUUUUUCUUUCUUAAUAUUCUCACUCUCUUUCUUCUUCAAUAUUCGCACACUCCUCUUCCUCUCAUUCAUUCUUUGCAUUCAUCAUUCUUUCUGCAUAUUCUCACGGUUUUUCUUUUUCAAAAUUUCCACGCACCUCCUUUCCGUCAUUCUAUCUUUGUUUUUUCUUUCUUUGUGUUUUUCUUCUUUCUCUUCCAUACUUUCACGUUCCUCUUUCUUUCAUUUUUUUCUUUCGGUCUUUGUAUUUUUCUCACGUCAUUUCUUCUUCAAUAUUCCCACUCUUCUCUUUCUUUUAUCUUUCUUACUAUUUUUAUUUCUUUCAUAAUAUUCACAUGCUCUUUCUUUUUCAAUAAUCUCUCGCACUUCCUUCUUUUAUGCUUUUUCUUUUCUCUUUCUUUCUUUUUAUUUUUCUUUCUUAAUAUUUUCACGCUCUUUCUUUAUCCUUAUUCUCACGCUUCACUUUCUUUCCUUGUGUCUUUUUUUCUUUCGUUCUUUCUUUUUUUUCUUCUUCUUUCCAUUUUCUGUUUUGGCUUUCUCUUCUUCUUCUUUUUCUCCUUCGUCAUCGUCGUCGUCGAAGUCUUCUUCUUUUUCUUCUUUGUCAUCGUCGUCGAAAUCGUCUUCUUCUUCUUCUUCCUUUUCUUCUUUUACUUCUUCGUGAUCGUCGUCGCAGUCGUCUUCUUCUUCUUCUUCUUCUUCUUCUUCUUCUUCUUCUUCUUCUUUGUCUCUUGUCCCAUCACGACCCCAAUCUAUCUAUUAUCUAUCUAUCAUCUAUCUCCGUUCAAUAUCUAUGUUCAUAUAUAUGUAAAAAAUAAACCCAUUAUCUAUCUAUUAAAUUAUCUAUCUAUCUAUCUGUUUACCUUUUUUUUUGUUUUUUUUUUUUUUUAA